AUCCGCGAAGAUUUCAAUUCUAAAAAUGUUUGUAGCAAGCACAGUUUGUUUCUUGGUGUUUAUGUACGUAGCCUCGGUUGCGUGCAGGGCUGAUCGGGAACCAGAGUGCUCUCGGUUCCAUUACGAGGAACAACUCCUUGAAAAGAUGGUCCGAAUGGAAUUUAACGUGGAGCGCAUACAGCAACGACUUGACAGUGUUUCGGAGUCAUGCGCAAAAUUGGACGACAGUACCCGACUAACGGAGGAAGUGAAAGAUCAAGUUGGAUCCGUGUAUACACGCUGGGGCCAAGAUACGUGUCCAACAGGGUCUUCGUUCAUCUAUGACGGAUUUGUGGCAGGUUCCCAUUUUACUCACACAGGAAGUGGCGUGAACUAUCUAUGUCUAUCCAAGGAACCAAUCUGGGCUAACGGAAGUCCAACGGCAUCUAACGUUGGUAUAAUACAUGGUUCAGAAUACGAGACCGAUUCGGCAAAUAUCUGGACGCAUCUCCAUAACAACGAGGUUCCUUGUGCAGUGUGUAAAUCAAGAGGACCGACCAUGAUGAUCCCAGGGAAAAAUAUUUGCUACGAAGGAUGGAAACUUGAGUACCACGGAUACAUGAUGACAUCGUAUCAUGGUCACGCCGGCAGCAAAGAAUUUAUUUGCGUAGAUUCAGAGGCGACGGUUGCAGAAGGGAGCAAUUCUGGCGACCAGAACGGAGCCUUGCUGUAUUUUGUGAAGGCUGUGUGCGGUGCACUGAAGUGUCCACCGUACGACGGAAAUGAACUCAUCACGUGUGCGGUCUGUUCUCAAACUAAAUAAUCAAAACGGAGGACAUAAAACAAAAUACGAUUAUGUCAAUAUUGUUCGGUUUUAUAUGGAAAUCAUAGUCGAAUAUUGCGACUAAAUAUAAUUGGCGUUAAUUUUACAAUUAUAAAGACAUGUUAAUAAACGCAUUUAUUGCUGUAACAAGUGGAAUGAACAAUUAUCAAACUUCAAUAUACUACUUGACAUGUAAAUGUGUCAUGUCGCAAACCAUAAUUAAUGAACAAAAAAGAUGUGGACCGGUUAAAAAUAUUAUACCUUCAAAACCAAACAACCUAUACUUUAUUUUAUCACAUCUCAAAACAAAUAUGUAAACCGUAUGACGGUAAAAAAAAUGUUUACAUAGAGGAUAUUUGUUGGAUUCGGUGGAUUAUCGAUUUUAAUUCACGAGCGAUCAUAGAAAAUAACAUUGCGAUAAUCGUGAAAAAAUAUUUUUUCUAUGAUCACGAGUGAAUUAUAAACGAUAUUGUAUGUCGCUUCUAAAAUGGUAAUAAUGUUUUUUCAAAGAAUUUGAAUUUGAAAUGCAAACGGAGACCUUGUUUUUGACACAGAUUCGUCAAAGCAUUGUCAAGAGAAACAUUCUGACCAAGUUUUAUCUCGAUUGAUUAAUACAAGUGGCAUCUAGAGUGGUAACACGGUGAUUACAAGAUGUAAUUCGUUCAAAUAUGACGUACCAUAUUAGAACUCGGCAUAGAUAUUGUGACAAAUUUUUAUCAAGAGAAAAGCAUACGUGGUAUCUACAAUGGUCAUAUUCUUCAAACAAACUUUGUAAAUAUACGAGACAUAUUUUAUAAAACCAAUAAAUAAUUGUAUAAUGGUGCAAUGAAUCAAA